GGGCGCGGGCGGGGGGAUGGGCCGGGCCCUGGGCCUGCGGGUGCGGCCCGCCGGGGUGUUCGGCGCGGCCUUCGUGGCGCGGGUGGCCCUGGUGCUGUACGGCGCCUUCCAGGACCGGGCGCUGCUCGUGCGCUACACGGACGUGGACUACCGGGUGUUCACGGACGCCGCGCGCUUGCUGUCGCAGGGCCGCUCCCCGUACCUGCGCGCCACCUACCGCUACACGCCGCUGCUGGCCUGGCUGCUGACGCCCAACGUGCACCUGUGCGAGCCGUUCGGGAAGCUGCUGUUCAUCAGCUGCGACCUGCUGGCCGCCUGGCCGCUCUACCGCCUGCUGCUCCUGCGCGGGCUGGGCCGGCGCGGGGCCUGCGGCUACUGCGCCCUGUGGCUGCUGAACCCCCUCCCCAUGGCGGUGUCCAGCCGCGGCAACGCGGACGCGCUGGUGGCGGCGCUGGUGCUGGCGGCGCUGUACCUGCUGGCGCGCGGGCGGCUGGCGUGCGCCGCCGUGGCCUACGGGCUCGCCGUGCACCUGAAGCUGUACCCGGUGACCUACAUCCUGCCCAUCGCGCUGCACCUGCGGCGGGGCGCGCCCCCGCCCGCGCCCGCGCCCGCGCCCGCGCCCGCGCCCCGCCGCGCCCGUGCGUCCGCGCUGCUCCGGGCGCUGUGCAGCCGCGCGGUGCUGCUGUUCGCCGCGGUGGCCGGGCUCACCUUCUGCGCCCUGAGCCUCGGCUUCUACCGCCGCUACGGCUGGGAGUUCCUGGAGCACACCUACCUGUACCACCUGACGAGGCGGGACAUCCGGCACAACUUCUCGCCCUACUUCUACAUGCUGUACCUGACGGCCGAGAGCCCGUGGAGCCCUGCGCUGGGCGUCGCCGCCUUCCUGCCGCAGCUGCUGCUGCUCUCGGCCGCGUCCCUGGCCUACUACAGGGACCUCGCCUUCUGCUGUUUCCUGCACACGGCGAUCUUCGUGACUUUCAACAAGGUCUGCACCUCCCAGUACUUCCUCUGGUACCUCUGCCUGCUGCCCCUUGUGAUGCCGCAGGUGAGGAUGCCCUGGAAACGCGCCGCCGGCCUCCUGGUGCUGUGGUUCGUCGGGCAGGCCUUGUGGCUGGCGCCCGCCUAUCUCCUGGAGUUCCAGGGAAAGAACACCUUUCUGUUUAUCUGGUUGGCCGGUUUGUUCUUCUUCCUCAUCAACUGUUGCAUCCUAAUUCAGAUCAUUUCCCAUUACAAGGAGGAACCCCCGGCAGAGAGAGUCAAAUGUGACUGAGUAUGGUCCGGUUCUUCUGCCCAGCGUUGUUACAUUCUGAUUGUCCCCAGUGGACCAGAACAGAGCCUUGGAAAACAUUUUUGAACAUCGCUGUGCGCCCUACUGAACACUGAGUGUGGAGCGUAAAACCGUGUUCUGGGGCAGCCCUGGGGGGCUCAGCAGUUUAGCACCUGUCUUCGGCCGAGGGCGUGACCCUGGAGGCCCGGGAUGGAGUCCUGCGUCAGGGCUUCCUGCAUGGAGCCUGCUUCUCCCUCUGCCUGUGUCUCUGCCUCUUUCUCUCUCUCUGUCAUGAAUAAACAAAUCUUAAAAAAAAACAAAAAAAACAAAAAAAAACAACCCUUUUCCAACAAAAAUUAAAAGGCACGGUUGCCUUAUUUGUAAAGGGGACUCAAUGAUUGAGGUCUGCCUUCAGGAAAUCUUCAGACUCAUUUAUCUGGGACAUGAUGGGAAGUCAAGGUUACUUGUUUGAAAAUGGGAAGUCUGAUGAAACUAUCAGAUGCUAAAAGAUUUUUGUAGAGAAAUAGAGGAAUGUAGUCAGAGACCUAAGAGCUAAGCCAGUAUUUAUACCAGUUACACUAUAUUGCAGUUGGAAGCUUUUUCUUCUUAAAUCCUUCUCCAUAGCUGUGAAAAUUCCAAGACUGAUCCUACUGUGCAGCUUUUAGAUGUCAAGUGUCAAAUAAUACCACUGUGCUUAGGAUGGGAGAGUCCAUUCUGUAUUAAAAGUGGGGGCUUAAAAAAAAAGUGGGGGCUUAAAAAAAAAGUGGGGGCUUAGAAAAAGAGGCCAAAAAUUUACAUUGUGAUCAUGUUUCACAUAUUUGUUUGAUUAUUUAGUUUUUCAGCACUUAGUCUCAGUGGCAUUAGAAUACCAUUUGGUUUUUUACAGAAAGGAUUAAAUUAAAAUUCACCCAUCGUCCAACUUAAGUCAUUACAUAUUUUAAAAUAGCAUCUUGCUUUUGAUAUUUGAUAUUUGUAGUCCACUAACUUUAGGGACACUUUAGUGUUCUCUUAUAGCUCUUUGUUUUUAAUUUUCUGAUUGCCUGUAGAGUAUUUUUCAUAUGGAAUUUAACUUAAUCAAAUGUCACAUGUUUUAUGAAAAUGAAAGUUAGAUUUUAAGUGGUACAAAAUAUAAUUGUUAGUAAGGCAUUUCCCAGCUUAAAAAUACCCCACUUAAGAAAAUUCCAUGGUGAAACUAAAGACUUAUGUGGAGGCUCGGGAAAGCCUAAGAAACAUCCUAAGUAGACAUUAGUCUUUUAGACCAGGAACUUGAGGGAGAGGAUGUGGAAAUCGGAGGCUUUGGUGAGCAGAUCCAUUUCCUGUGUUACUAUAAUAUUUCUAGGGAAGAACUGCUUUCAACGGACAUCUUUCACGCAGAUGGAAACACUUUCAAAUGUAUAUGUGGAAGCAUAAGGAAAGUGCCACAUACUUAGUUAACAAGUCUGUGUAGAAACUCUUUCAACUAAGAUCUUCCUUCAAGGAAACAGAAACUUUUUCAAAUAUUGGAAACGUAAGGAAAGUGCCAUAUACUUAACUCAGUGCCACAGGUCUGUGUAACAAGUUUCAAACAAGCAACGUAAAACAGUUUUUUUUUUUUAACAUACCCCAUCUUGGUUGGGGACUUCCUAACACUCUAAAAUGCAAUAGCAAUAAUAGGAAUUGAGUUUAUGAUUGUGGUUUUAAAAGAUGAGUAAUUUAGCAACAUUGUUCUUUCAUAGUAAAAAACAAAAACAACCUCAGAGAAGUAGAAUAUUUCAUAUUGGUUUAGGCCAAGAAAGACUUUGAGAAUAAGAUGUGUAUAGGCUGAACAUAAAUAAGAGUGCUAUUACAGGCAGCACUUCUUUGAUGGCUACCUUUUGGGACCUGCCAUUAGAAAGAAGGGAAGAAUGGGUGGUUUUGCAGGGGUUGUUGUUAGGUGAAAAGAGCAGAGAGCAUUAAUUGUUGAGGACAGUGACUUUUCUUACAGCAUCUAGUCUCAUAUCCUACAUUAGCUCUUAUCUUGAGAGCUCUUUGUAUAUGAUUGUUCACUAGUGGCCUUCCAGCCAUGACAUUCUUACCAUUUUUUUUUCAUUCUUUUAUAAUAUUUACUUUUUUUUUUUUUUUCUUGUACAACUGGUGGGAAGAGGGUGGGAAACAAUUCCAGCAUCCCGAUAUAAUUGUCUUAUCAGCGCCACCGGUAUAAUGGUAUCAUGCAAGAUUCCCAGUAUAAUUGUCUUUUUGGUAUUCCUGUGUUUUAGAUAAUCAUCAGUAUAUUCCCUUCUUAAUUUCAUAAUCCUGUUUACUUUAGUAUUCUUCUUUUGUAGCAGCUUACUCCUUACUUACAUUGAAAUCGCUGAAUAACAUUCCAUGACAUGGAUAUUCAUGUUGUAAACGUGUCACUCUUCCAUGGUUAAACCUUUAAAAUUGCUUCUAAUUUUUAAUGUUCUAAAUAAGACUUUAAAAAUUUCCCAUGUUUUAUUAUUAUUUUAAAAAAGAUUUUAUGUAUUUAUUUACUUGAGAGAGAAAGCAAGAGAGGGUGCUUAUGAGGGAGGAGGAGGAGGGAGAGAAUCUCAAGCAGUUUCCAUGCAGAGUGCAAAGCCCAACCAGGGGCUUGAUCUUACCACUGAAAUCAUGACCUGAGCUGAAAUCAAGAGUUGGAUGUUUAACUGACUGAGCCACCCAGUCGCCCCUAACGUUUUCCACAUUUUAGAUCAUUCCCUUAAUGUUGUCAGAAUGUUACAGUAUUCUUAGAAGUCAGUAGAGUUCUGCUGGGUCUUUGGAGAGCUUUUUUUUUUUUGGAGAGCUUCAAAUGCAUAAGCUGCCCUGCAGGAAAUUCUCUACCAAAGAACUGUAGGCAUUUCUCAAAAGCUGUAGAGUAUUUGUAGCUCAUAUGCUGCAAAACAUUUAUAAAUUAAUUAAUUCAUGAAAUGAUUUUAAUUUGUCUCUUGAGGACUUUAUUUUUUUUUCAUUUUUUUCUGGUUUUAUAAACCCUGUCUUCUUUUCACUUGUAGUCCUUUUGAAUUUUUUAAAAAAUUUAUUUAUUCAUUAAAGACAGAGAGAGAGAAAGAGGCAGAGACACAGGCAGAGGGAGAAGCAGGCUCCCUGCAGGGAGCCCGACGUGGGACUCCAUCUCAGGACUCCAGGAUCACGCCCUGGGCCGAAGGCAGGCACUAAAUCACUGAGCCACCCAGGGAUCCCCCACUUGUAGUCCUUUUGGAUUCCUUAUUAGUUCUUUAAGAAUACCUUAAAAUUGUGUAGGACUUUCCCUUAUUUCCAAGAGGACCUUGUAAUUUAUUUUUUCAGUAGUUGCCUUAAUGUCUUCAAAAUGUGGUCCUUAAAUAUCUCUAGAUAAAUUACCUGGAUUAGAUUCAUCGGAAAGGCCAAUACUCACCACCCCCUCCACCCACAGUCCAAGAAUCUCUCUAAACCAUUGAUUGAUUGAUUGAUUGAAGAUUUUAUUGGUUUAUACGUGAGAGGCAGAGAGAGAGAGGCAGAGACACAGGCAGAGGGAGAAGCAGGCUCUAGGCAGGGAGCCCCGUGCGGGACUCGAUCCUGGCACUCCAGGAUCAUGACUUGAACCAAAGGCAGACGUUCAACUGCUGAGUCACCCAGGUGCCCUAAAACCAUAGAUUUUAGGUACUGACUUCUUACGAUUUGGCUGGAUGACUCUGACAUAAUAUUGUUUUCAAAAGUUGUAUAGAACUUGUCUUUCAGUUACUUUUCUGCACUACCACCCAGUCCCAGCCAGCCGUACAAUGAGUGAAGAUGGAAAAUUUCACCCGGGAAGGUCUCUAAAUGCAACCCUCUGUUUUUGUUUUUAUUCCCCAGUGCUUUAUUAUGAAUAAUUUUAAACAUGACCCAUAAACCUACCAUUGAAAUUAAACAAUUAACAUUUUGCCCUGUUUGUUUUUUUAUACAUGCUAUUUUUAUUUAUUUGUAUAUAUAACUUUUUCUGAACCAUGUGAGGUUGCAAACAUCGUUGAAUUUUCAGUAAAUGCAUCACCAUGCA